UCCAUGGCAACCAGCAGCUAUUUGCACUAAUUUGCAAAAGAAAAGCAGUGGAAGUGUAGUGUGCUCUGGGGGAAUGUUAUAUUUGGUCUAUCACAGUAAUAGAAGUCUCAUUAUUUAGCUUUUCAGUGCACCGGGAAACCGAGCAAACAGUGACCCUUUGUCAAGCACCUCAUCCCCUCUCAGGAUCUUCGCGGCCCUCGGCCAUCAAAUGAUCCAGCGCAGCACAGAGAGGCCAUGCAGACGUCCCUCAAGUGCCCUUCAUUGAGAGAUCUGGAGGCAUAAAAAAGGGACACACUCAGGGUGGAAUUGAGAGGCAUAUUAAAACAGCAGGACUGGGGUCAUGGACUGCUGCCAAUAGGAUCUAACUUCAUGGAUCUGACCAGAUUUCGAAAUAGAGUUUGGUGAUCCACGCGACAUGGACAAACCUGGCCACCUCUUCAAAAGCAAUGCAGUCUGAUCAUGUGCUGUUUAAUCACAGCGCAUAGACUCUGAAAAAAUGGAUAUGCAAAAGUCGUUUCUGAGUUCUGCAAUGAUCGAUUUGGUCAGUGAUGUGGACUUCAUGGAGAUGAUGCCAAACACAUCCGUUAUGGCCCCAACGGAGACCCAAAGCACCGACUGCAAUGGACUAUACCAGGACUUGACAUCUAUCCACGAACUCGACAUCUCCACAGCUCGAUUAAAUGACUUUUACACGUCUCCGGUGAGCGCCAGCAGCGGGAAACCCAUGCGCAAACGGGUGAUCAGCAGCGUCCAGCGCCAGGUAGCGAAUAUCCGCGAGCGCAAACGGAUGUUUAGCCUCAACGAAGCGUUUGACCGACUGCGCAGGAAGGUUCCCACCUUCGCCUACGAGAAGAGACUGUCACGGAUAGAGACUCUGCGCCUGGCCAUCGUCUACAUCUCCUUUAUGACGGACAUCCUCGAGAACAACUGAGCUAGUCAGUGAUUCAGUCGCAUUGUUUAGAUGAACGUUUAUCAAGGUAUUUAAAGUUUAUUAUGGAAAAAAAUAAUUUUGGCCUACCUUUAUGGCGUGAGAUCUGUAUGCUGGAGUUAAUCAAUAAAAUAUGGACUGGAAAAGCAUUUAUGUAAGGCUGUAAAAAUAAAUUUCAAAUGCCAUUUCGCACCUUUUUUUUAUUAAAGAACCUUGAACAGGUCUUAA